AUGCAGGAGGGGACCAAUUUAGGGCAACAUGUGAAUAUCUUCAAUCAAGUUGUCACGGAUUUGGCUUCACUCAAAGUCAAGAUUGAAGGUAAAGACAAGGCAAUGAUCUUACUGUGUUCGUUACCUCCUUCUUACGAACAUAUGGUGACUACCCUUACAUAUGGGAAAGAAACGACCAAGACUGAGGAGAUUACUUCAGCGUUGUUGGCUCACCACAAGCGGAAACAGAAAUUUGGAGAGUCAUCUUCUCAAAGUGACAGCUUAUAUGUGAAGGGUAACCAGGAUCGUGGAAGAAGACGGGUGCGGGAUAAUUCAGGAAAUUGGAAUUUCAGAUCCAAGUCGCGAGACAAAUCGAAAGGGAGGAAAAUUGUGACGUGUUAUAAGUGCAAGGAACAAGGGCACUUUAAACGAGAUUGCCCAAAGUGGAAGAAACAGACUGCUGAUAUGUCAUCCAUGUCUACGAAUGUGGUACAGAAUGAGGAAUCUGAUUGCAGUGAUGGAGAUAUGUUAUCUAUUUCGACUGCGCAGUAUGAUGAUGCUUGGAUUCUCGAUUCUGGAUGUUCAUAUCAUAUAACGCCUAACAGAGAGUGGUUUGUUACUUAUAAACCAGGUAACUCGGGUUCUGUUUUUCUUGGUGAUGAUAGAUGCUGCGGUAUUGUCGGUAUUGGGGAUGUCAAAAUCAAGAUCCCAUUACUCCUCGCGGCGCGACGUAGCUCACUGCGCGGCGGCUAUUUUCUUCGCGGCGCGACGACUUGGUUCUUCACGGCAUGGCAGCAGGGUAACGGUGGUGACUCGUGCACGGUAUUGCGAAGACCAGUAGUGAAUGGACGCCGGCGAAGCUUCUCGUGGCGGUUGGAGGGCUGUGGCUUUCACUUGCUUGCUCAUGGUGCUGUACGAGGAGUGGCUGCAUGGUUUCUCGGUGUGAGCUGCUGCAGACUGAGAACUUUUGAUGCGUCCCGAGGUCGAGCAAUGAUUGGUGGAGGUUCGACGAGCGACUGA